AUGUCAAGCACAUACAUUCCCUACCGGCUGGACGGCAAAGUGGCCUUGGUCACCGGCUCAGGCCGUGGCAUUGGUGCUGCCAUUGCAAAACAGCUCGGCCGCUUGGGUGCCAAGGUCGUGAUCAACUAUGCCAAUGCGAGCGAGGCAGCAGAGAAAGUGGUUAGCGAGAUCAAAAGUUAUGGCACUGACGCUGUCGCUUUCAAGGCCGAUGUGCGCCAAGUCGACCAAACAGCUAAGCUGAUGGAUGACGCGGUAGCUCAUUUUGGUGGUCUCGACAUUGUGUGCAGCAACUCUGGGGUCGUCAGCUUCGGGCAUAUUGGAGACGUCACAGAGGAGGAGUUUGAUCGCGUUAUCAGCCUCAACACUAGGGGACAAUUCUUCGUGGCUCGCGAAGCAUACCGUCACCUGAAUGACGGAGGUCGCAUCAUCCUCAUGUCGUCCAACACAGCCAAAGAUUUUAGUGUCCCUAGUCACGCGCUGUACUCUGGCUCCAAAGGCGCCAUUGACUCGUUUGUCCGCGUGUUCUCCAAGGACUGCGGUUCUAGAAAGAUUACGGUCAACGCCGUUGCCCCCGGUGGCACUGUCACCGACAUGUUCCAUGACGUUUCCCAACACUAUAUUCCGAAUGGCGAGAAAUACACGGCAGAGGAACGCAUGCAGAUGGCGGCACAUGCAUCCCCCUUGCACCGAAAUGGAUUUCCUGAAGAUAUCGCAAACGUAGUGGGCUUUCUAGCUAGCAAGGAGGCUGAAUGGGUGAAUGGAAAAAUCAUCACCGUCGAUGGUGGAGCGGCGUAG